AUGGUGCUUGAUCUUCAUUCGAACAACUUCACCGGUGGACUAGACUACAUCUUUGCGAAAAGAAAUGAUCGCAGUAUAAGGCAAUACCUUGUUCUUGAUCUUUCGGAUAAUAUGAGGAUCCGUACCAAGAUCUCUGGGAAAAUUGAGAAGCCUGGAGACAUUAAAGCUUGUAAUAACGGGUUAACGGUGACGAUACCAGCUGAGCUAUGCAAUUCCACUUCGUUAGCAUCAAUCGUGCUAUCAAAUAACAACCUUACCGGUGGCAUACCUUCAGGGUUGAUGAACGUAAGAUUGCUUAGAGAAUUGGAUGUGUCACAUAACAUGUUGACAGGGGAAAUUCCUCCUCACAAUGCAACAAUUCCUGCAUCUUCUUUUGAGGGAAACUCUGGCCUGUGUGGCUCCCCACUUCCUCCUUGUAAUACUGCCUAA